CUAUAUCACGAUGCAAUGGCAGUGGUCGAAUUCUUUGGGAAUCCUGAUCUAUUUAUUACAUUCACAUGUAAUUCAUUGUGGGAAGAAAUCACUGACGCUUUUCGUGAUAUUGUUGGCCCAAAUAGCUCAGAUAAACCAAUGGUGGUUUCAAGGGUUUUCCACACCAAACUUAGUAUUCUCAUUGAUGACAUUAAGAAAAACUCCUACUUUGGAAAAACAAUUGAAAGUAAGUAUAAACUUUUCAUUUAUCAUCUGUACAUAAAUGUGGCAUGUUCAGUGCUUUUCAAUAUACACAUAUGAAUACCUGUCUUUUUAACAUGCCUUGCAUUGGUCCAAUAAUGUAUACAGUGGAGUUCCAGAAAAAAGGUUUGCCCUACAUACAUUUGCUGGUUUGGUUGGCUGAAGAGUAUAAACUGAGGACAUCAGCUGAUAUUGACGAGGUAAUAUCAGCCAAAAUUCCAGACCCUCUACAAGAUCCAGUUGGAUAUGAAGCUGUUUGUAGAUAUAUGUUGCAUGGUCUGUGCGGUGAAGCAAAUACAAUGCACCAUGUAUGCGAGACAGAAAACAGUUAACGAACCGCAAGUGUUCCAAACAAUUCCCAAAAGAGUUCAACUCUGCCACAACAUUUGACAAGUUCGGAAAUGUUGUCUAUAAAAGAUCAAACUCUGGCAUAAAGUUUUAAAAGGGAAGUUUGGUACUUGAAAAUCGACAUGUUGUUCCAUAUAACAAGAAUCUGUUGGUGAGAAUGCAGGCUCAUGUGAAUGUUGAGGUAUGUCAUAAAGGCAAACUCAUUAAGUAUCUCUUCAAAUAUGUGACAAAAGGGCCGGACAGAUCAUUGGUUAUUGCUGAAAACGCUGAUGCAUCACAAAAUUAUCCAGAGAUGCAACCUCUAAGGCACAGAGAUGAAAUUCAACAGUACAUUGACUGCCGAUCACUGUCAUCUUAUGAAGCCAUAUGGAGGCUCAAUGAAUAUCCAGUUCAUGUGAGAGAACCAGCAGUGGUGCGCUUGGGAGUUCAUUUGGAUGGUCAGCAAAAAUACCUUAUAAAAAACAAUCCAAUGUUCGAAAUGUUUUAGGGAAUCCUAAUGUCGGAAAGACACAUUUGACAGAAUGGUUUGCUCUGAAUCGCAGGGACCCCUGGGCAAGGGUUUUAACGUAUGCGCAGAUACCGAAUAACUACACUUGGCUUCCUGAUUGUAAAGAGUGGAGCCCUCUCAAGAAAGGAUUUGCAGUAGGGAGGAUUGCAUAUGUUCCCCCAGGCUCUGGCGAUGUUUUUUUUCCUCAGAAUGGUGCUCACAAAAGUUCGUGGUGCUCUCAGUUAUGCUCAUCUCAGAACUGUCGAUGGUGAACUUUGUGCAGAUUUUGAAAAAACUUGUGAAAAAAUGGGGAUGUUAUUAGAUUCUUCAGAAUGGAUACGUGUCCUAUCCGAUAUAUCAACUUCUAGCAUGCCACGGGUGAUACGGAGCACUUUCAUGUCGAUGCUUAUGUUUUGUGAAAUACCAAGCCCGGUGGCUUUGUUUAACUCAUCGUGGAAAUCUAUGGCUGAAGAUUAUGCGUACAGGUUAACAAAAGAUCUCAGAGAUCAGUCUCAUAAGCCCUCUGAUGAACGACUACAGAACUGGGUCCUUCAUGAAUUGCAAGCUAUGUUGAGCUCUCACUCAAUGACCCUUGAGGACUUUAAUAUUCCAAUCUCGACUGAUACUUCAAAUGAUAAUGGAGAGAACCCACUCAUUAACGAGCAUCUUGCCUUCGAUACAGACCAACAACAUGCAUUAGCAACCUCAAUGCUACAUUCUCUUAAUCUUGAGCAGACUAAUGUAUAUUCAGUUGUCAUCAACUCAGUGCUCAACAAAAUGGGUCGUGCAUUUUUCCUAUAUGGUCACGGAGGUACAGGCAAAACGUACCUCUAUAAUGUCAUUACAGCAAGACUUAGGAGUUUGGGGAAGAUUGUGGUAUUGGUUGCAUCAUCGGGAAUAGCAGCUACACUUCUUCCCAAAGCAACCACUCCACAUUCAAGAUUUAAAAUUCCUUUGAUUCUAGAUGCAACAUCGACAUGCCCCAUCAAACACGGAACACAUUUAGCUGAUCUGUUAAGAGUGGCAUCCUUAAUCAUUUGGGACGAGGCACUGAUGACCCAUCGGCAAGCUUUUGAAGCAGUAGAUCGCAGCUUGUGCGAUAUAUUAAAUGUUCCAUUGACUGGACAUCGAUAUAAACCUUUUGGAGGGAAAACAGUUCUUUUCGGUGGAGAUUUUCGCCAAACUCUUUCAGUUAUAACAGAUGCUGGCCGUGAACAAACAAUUGAUGGCUCAUUGACAAGGUCCAAACUAUGGAAUACUUUUAAAGUGAUGUGCCUAUCAACAAACAUGCGCAUCACAGUGGUCCAGCCUGCUGACCAGCAGCUGAUGCAUGGAUAUAGGUUUCCAGAAUUGGUACUUGCUUUAGGAGAUGGAAAACUUAAAGCACGAUCGUUCAGAGAAGAUGGACCAGCAGAUUGGAUACAAAUUCCACAAAUGUUCCUGAUUGAUCCUGGAAAUGACUCUGUUCAGUCAAUCGCAGAUGAUAUCUAUGAUAUGUUUCCACACAAUCAUAGGGAUCCGACAUACCUAACCAGUAGAGCUAUAGUAACUCCAACAAAUGCAACAGUCUCUACAAUCAAUGACUAUAUGCUGCAGCGGGUACCAAGAAAUUCAAAAAUCUAUUACAGCUCAGAUUCCUUGCUACUGUCGACAGAAACAGCAGAUUCGUUUGAUGAAAGCUAUCCAACAGAGUUUCUCAACACUCUUACAUUCAAUGGAGUACUAGACCACGAGCUAACGUUAAAGGUAUUCACAGCAGUUAUGCUCCUAUGCAACCUAAAUCCUGGUCUUGGUUUAUGCAACGGGACAAGGAUCAUGAUCACAACAUUAGGAGAUAAUUUUAUAAAAGGCAACAUUAUGGGUGGUUCUUAUGACACUGACGAAGUCAUUCUACCAAGAAUAGUGCUCAACGUGGAAAACUCCAAGUGGCCCUUCAUACUCAGAAGGAGGCAGUUCCCAGUACGAUUAUGCUAUGCAAUGACUAUAAACAAAAGUCAAGGACAAACGCUUGAAAAAGUUGGGAUAUAUUUGCCUGAACCCGUUUUUAGCCAUGGUCAGCUAUAUGUGGGAGUUUCAAGAGUAAAAUCAGCAAGAGGUUUGAGGAUUCUUAUACAAAACCCAGCAGAGAUUCCUCACGACUAUACAAGGAACAUAGUCUUCACUGAAGCCUUUGCUGAUAUUAUGAACACCUAAACUAUAUAUCAGGUGAACCCAUUAAAUUUAUCAAGCUAAUUGAUGCUAAUACCUGCAAAUCCACCUAAAAAAGUUUAUUUUUUUGUAGGAUUGCAGCAAUGCCCUGAUGCAAUCAUGCCAAUCCAAAGAGGUCAAUGCCUUAUCUUAACGACAUGUCUAGCUAAUAAAUGGUAAGGAAAUGCAUUCAUCUAUGUUUUGGGGAAUUAGUUAUCGAGGAUUGAGCGGUUGAUUUACAUUUGAUUAGGAAAUGCACCUGUCUAAAUCUUUGAUCGAAUGGUUCGUUAACUAUUACAAACUGCAAUGUUCCAAUUUGUCACAAGCACUAUGUACCAAACGUUUUCGGGCCUGAACUUGAGCCAUCAAUUGUUUGAGAAUCAUAUAUUUGAUAAUAAAAGGAAAUAGAUUUGAGCCCAACCCAGAUGGUUCUUCAAGGCUACAGAAAAAAGCCUAUUAGAAACACGCUCCAAAUAAACGCUUCCCUUUAAAAUCCUAUUUAUCUUCAUCAACCAAACCCGCCGUCCACAUCUUCAGCAACUCCUCUCCGCCGCGGUAGUCCCACCACUGGAACUACAAGACAACCUUUAGGACAAGGGUAAGUCCACGUCCUCCUCUUCUUCAUCGCUUUUACAUCUGAACAUUUACUUCUAAUCUGUACUUGUGUUGGUUGCACAGAGACCCCACCAAACAUGGAGAGUUUACCUAAAAACCACCAGUCAACAGAAAGCGCUCACAUGGUCCCCACCGAUAACAAAGGUGAAUCCCUUACAUUUCCGUUAAAAAAUUCUCCCAGGAAUCUCGAACCCUCUGCAAGAAAAAUAAAAUACCCAUUUCGUUUCCCUUAUUGUCUUAUAGAUCCGAUUGAAACUUGCAUGCCAUUUCGGGGGUUGCGUUUGGGCACAAACAUUCGCACCGUUAUUGCUCGUCCUGUGAUGGCAUGGCUCGAAUUCCGAGAGGCACCCAAGCUUAAAAACCUCAGCAUGCACAUGACAAGAAGGUCCGUUUACAAUUCAGUUAGAAGAUUGAAUGAACUUUUCAUAAAUGAUUUUUAACAACUGCAAUGUACGAUUUGAAAUCGAUUAAAUGCUAUUCUUAUAGGCACGAUUGAUUGAGUCAGUGGUCGAUGAAAAAAAAUCACCGAGAUUUCUCGCAAGAUAAAAGUCGGGAACCUAUAUCGUUUUGAUUCGGUGAUUGCUGUACCAGCAAGAGAGAAUCCAAAGAUUGUCCCAGGAGAGUUAAGGGUGCACAUAACUCCCGAACAAAACAUUUCCAGGGUUGAAGAGGACCCAGAUGACCCACGUUUGCCAAUCGGUUGGGACAUUGGGAUGGCUUUCUCGAUAAUACCAAUUCAGACAAGUAUCAUUGACUACCAUACAAGUACAUCUGACUAUCUCUGUUCGGCAUACUAAAAUGAAUUUAAGCUAUAAAGUGAUAAACUCUUCUGUUGGCCACAGAUAUCACAGUAUGCAUUAGGCGACUCAGUGUUCCGACAACAGUUCAUGGUACUCUUAAAGAAUUUCACAUGGUCGUACAGGAUGUGAGGUACAUUUUAUAGAAUAAUAUGUUAGUAUAUGAACUAUGUGAAUCAACAAUCUCAUAUAUUUGUGUCACGAACAGCGACGCUAAGGCUACUGUGCAGUAUCGAGGAUAUGACAUUUUGAAGUUCAUAGAAAAUGCUCCAACAGCUGAGUCUCACCUGCCUCUCAUUGUUACAAUCAAAUCUGUCAUUCGAGUGCCACCUCUAUCCAGCCAGAAAUAUAAGUAUCGUUUCGAGUCCACUCCUACCAGAGAACUGACAAUAAGAUCUUACACAGGCAUAAUCAAGGAAAUCAUGCACAUGUACAAUUCUUUCUAAACACAUGCUAUUCAUUUCUCGAAUCAUACAUAUUGCAACUCAGCCAAAAUAAGAAUAACACUUAUUAAUCUUU